AUGGCAGCCUCAAAAUCGUCAAUGCCUCUUCUGGCAGCCCUUCGAUGCUCGCGACAAGCUCCCCUGCGUCUGUCACGGACGCAAUGCCUCGCCAGGCCGCCUCGAUUCUACUCAACAGAUGCCGACGCCCCGCCUCCAUUGCUGCAGAAGCUGAAAGGCGAUCUCAAGACUGCCAUGCGAGCCAAAGACGCGCCCAGACUCUCCGUGCUCCGAUCCAUCAUGUCCGCGAACCUCAAUGCCUCCAAGACGACCUCCCCGAUCCGCACCGACGUCCAGCUGGUCGCCCUGAUCCGCAAGCUCCAGAAGAGCGCGCAGGAUGCAGUUGCAGAUGCUCAGGCAGCUGGGCGGGAAGACCUGGUGCAGAAGGAGAAUGAGCAGAUCUCCAUCUUGGAAGAGUACAUCGCGGGGAGCGGCGUGCAGACCCUAGGAGAGGCUGAAAUCAAGGCUGUGAUCACCCAAGCCAUUGAGGCUGCCAAUGGCGCCGGCAAGGCUGGCAAGUCUCUGAUGGGAGAGGUGAUGAAGCGCGUGAACGCUGCUUUGGAAGGCAAAGACAUGGCGAUGCUUUUUUUUUUUUUUUACGUCUGCGAUGGCCCGGCAGAUAUACAUGCGUCCGAACUCAUCUCCUCCGGGUCCAAGUUUGAGGGCGAAAUCGGCUACUCCCGAGCCGUCGUUGUCGACGACUUUGUAUUUGUAUCGGGAACCACUGGUUACGACUAUGCUACUGGCGAGAUCUCUGAAGAUGUCGUCCAACAGACUGAACAAACAAUGAUCAAUAUCGACAAGGCCCUGAGAGACGCCGGCUCCUCCGUGUCUGAAGUCGUUCGUGUACGGUAUAUCCUUCCAGAUCGCUCCGACUUUCCUCUCGUUUGGCCGGUAUUGAGGAAGUGGUUUGGCAGUGUACGGCCGGCGGCGACAAUGGUGCAAUCCACCCUCAUGGUUGAUGAGAUGAAGAUUGAAAUCGAGGUGACGGCAAAGAAGGGAUCGAGCAAUGAGGUACCCAGUAAGGAGGAGUCCGCAUAG